GCCGCGGACAGGACGUACCACAACCCGCGCUGGUAUUUAUCACACGUUGUGAAUAUUUAAUAGACACAAAAGUUAAAUAAAGUGUUAUCGUAAGAGCAGGGAUGUUAAAAUUUAAAUUAGCAUUUAUCUGCGAACUCUAUAUAUGCUGCUGACAUUGGACUUGAAGUGAAGUGAAAUGUUACGAAGUUUUUCUUCAUCAGUUAAACGUGCCAUGUACUUUGUUUCGGAAAUGGUGAUAUCGACCCAAAGGGAGUGUUUAUGAGACGUUUGUUAGUGAAAUGAAAAAUCUGUGAUAAUGUAUGCUAUAGCGAUUGUACUAUGUGCGCUCCUGCACGCCGCAUGGACUGUGCAGUACGGCUCGGACAAGUGUGCCCGAGUCUCCGGCACUAACGUGCUGUGCAAAAUACGGACCCUCGACGGCGACGGCAGCAGCAUCACCUCAGUUAACUCCGAUACUAGUAUUUUAUCAGUAGAAUGUAACCACCUGCUCCUUUUUGAAAGUUCACUUCGCGCUCACUACUUUAGUUCAGUUGAGUUCCUUAGCGAGUUGUCCAUUACUAACUGCAAGCUGUUACAUAUACCAGACUACACCUUUCAAGAUGUGAGCAAACUAAAAAGGCUAAAAAUUCGUUCGAAGAAUUCCGAGUGGAGCCCUACCAAGAAUAUGGAAAUAUCUCUGAACGCGUUCAAUGGAUUGUCGGAACUACAUUCGUUGGAUCUUGCUCAAAAUAACAUAAAGUUCGUUCCUUCCGGAGUAUUUUGUUCGCUGGAGAAUCUGAAUGUAUUAAAUUUAACGAACAAUAGAAUUAGAACAGUCGGCCAAAUUGGUUUUGGCCAGGGCUGUGGUUCGGGUUUGCAUACUUUAGACUUGAGCUACAAUGAAAUUAAAACAUUACCUGAGGAGACGGAGUUACUUAAAUUAAGAAGUCUGCAGCAUUUAUAUCUACAACAUAACAACAUCAGCGACAUAUCGAGCGAGGCGUUUAAUGGUUUGACCUCAUUAAGAGUAUUGAACAUAUCACACAACCGUCUACAUACAUUGCCUGAAGGACUAUUUUCCAACGCAAAAGAAUUACGAGAAAUAUAUCUUAAUGAAAAUUCUUUAUUUGAAUUAGCAAGAGGAAUAUUUCACCAUUUAGAACAACUAAUCGUUCUAGAUUUAUCAAGUAAUCAAUUAACAAGUAAUCAUAUCGACGACGGCACUUUCAAGGGACUGAUCAGAUUAAUAGUUUUAAAUUUAUCAAAUAACGCCCUCACAAGAAUAGAUGGAAAAACAUUUAAAGAUUUAUUCUUUCUACAAAUUUUGAAUUUGAAAAAUAAUUCCGUUGGAUAUAUUGAAGACAACGCGUUUUUGCCUCUUUAUAAUCUUCACACGCUUAAUUUAGCGGAAAAUAGACUUCACACUAUUGAUGAGAAUUUAUUCAACGGUUUGUUUGUGCUAAGUAAGUUGACUCUGAAUAACAACCUACUUGUCAAUAUUGAUCGAAAAGCUUUCAAAAACUGCUCCGACUUGAAAGAACUGGAUUUGAGCUCUAAUCAACUAAUGGAGAUACCCGACGCAUUGUGGGAACUUCCUUUCUUGAAAACGCUCGAUCUCGGCGAAAACCAAAUAUCCGACUUUAGAAACGGCUCCUUUAAGAAUUUAAAUCAAUUAACUGGAUUACGCCUGAUUGAUAAUCAAAUUGGGAAUCUGAGCGUAGGCAUGUUUUGGGAUUUGCCGAGUUUGCAAGUUUUAAAUAUUGCGAAAAAUAAAAUACAGUCUAUAGAGAGAGGUACAUUUAGCCGCAAUGGACAACUGGAGGCUAUACGAUUGGACGGAAACUUCCUGUCGGACAUCAACGGUGUGUUUGCGACGCUCGCCAGCCUGCUCUGGCUAAACCUGUCGGAAAAUCAUCUAGUGUGGUUUGAUUAUGCGUUUGUGCCUAGUAAUUUAAAGUGGUUGGACGUUCACGGUAACUUUAUUGAACACUUGGGCAACUAUUAUAAGUUGCAAGAUGAAAUACAUAUAAAGACUUUAGAUGUUAGUCAUAAUCGUAUUGUAGAUAUAGGGCCUAUGGCCAUUCCUAAUAGUGUAGAAUUGUUGUUUAUAAAUAAUAAUUAUUUAAAUAAUAUUCAUGUGAAUACGUUUUUCGACAAAAAGAAUUUAACUCGUGUGGAUAUGUAUGCAAAUGAAAUUGUUAAUUUAGAGUUGAAUAGUUUACGUUUAUCUUCAGUGCCAGGUAACAAAACAUUACCAGAGUUCUAUAUCGGUGGCAACCCCUUUCAGUGUGAUUGUACAAUGGAAUGGCUACCGAUAAUUAACAAUAUGACUGCCAUGAGGCAGUAUCCUCGUGUGAUGGAUUUGGAAAAUGUUUUGUGCAAAAUGACAAAUACACGUAGUGGAACUCAUGUGCCCUUAACUAAUCUUAAAACAACGGACUUUCUAUGUGAGUAUGAGACUCAUUGUUUUGCUAUAUGUCAUUGCUGCGACUAUGACGCGUGCGACUGUGAAAUGACUUGCCCUCACAACUGUACUUGUUAUCACGAUCCAUUGUGGAACACUAACGUUGUUGAUUGUUCCGGACAAUCAUCUUUGGAAAUACCAAGUAAAAUACCAAUGGACGCAACUGAAGUAUUUUUAGACGGUAAUAAUAUUAAAGAAUUACAAAAUCAUGUAUUCAUUGGACGACAAAAAAUGCGAUCUUUGUAUGUAAAUAACAGUAAUGUUGAUAACAUUCAAAAUAGAACGUUUGCUGGUCUUAAUUCUUUAGAAAUUCUACAUCUAGGUAAUAACAAAUUAAAAGAUUUAAAAGGUUAUGAAUUUCAUCAGCUCAGUAGUUUAAAAGAACUUUUCUUACAAGAUAACCUUAUUAGUCAUAUCGCAAACAUAUCGUUUACUUCGUUAAAAUCUUUGGAAGUUUUACGUCUUGAGGGCAAUCGACUUGUUGAUUUUGGUGUAUGGAUUUUUAAUAACAAUCCAAAUUUAAAAGCAUUAUCUCUCGGUAAUAAUUUGUGGUCUUGUAAGUGUCGUUAUUUACAAGAACUAACAGCCUAUCUGGCUGAAAAUGCACAGAAAAUCGUUGAUAUAACCGACGUAUGGUGUUGGAACGGAGAUGCAAAGCCUCCACAGAAGAAGGAAUUAAAUUUAAACGGCACAGCCUGCAGUGAUUAUUAUGCCGAUAAUUCAGUUAUCGGAAACAUGUUAGUCUCUAACUACGUUCCCAUGAUGGUGUCGACUCUCACUGGGUUUAUGUUAAUUUUAUUGGCGCUUGUUGUAUUAUUUCUUUUUAGAGAUUCUCUUAGAGUGUGGCUUUACACAAAUUGUGGCAUUAGAGUAUUCUCAUUUGCUGGUACGUUUGAAGAGAAUGAAAAAUUAUAUGACGCUUACGUUUGUUAUAGUCCUAAAGAUGAGGAAUUUGUCGUGCAAUCAUUAGCAACUGAAUUAGAAAACGGUCAUCCAUCGUACCACCUUUGUUUACAUUAUAGAGAUAUCAUAAAGAACCAUAGUGAGCGCGAUAUCCUCCAACACCAUGCCGAGGCAAAUCAACAAUACAUACAAUGUGCCCCGCCAGUUGUCGAAGCUGCGGAGGCAUCUAAAAGAAUAAUACUCGUUUUAACAAGAAAUUUUAUGCAAACAGAAUGGUCCCGGUAUGAGUUCCGACAAGGGUUACACGAAGCGCUUAAAGGGUGCAUUUAUAAGUUGGUGCUAAUAGAGGAAUGUUCGGUAGUGGCGGACGCGCUGCGCGACCCGGAUUUACGACCCUAUCUUAAAACGGGAUCGCGCCUACAAUGGGGUCAAAAAAGGUUCUGGGAAAGGUUGAGAUACAUGAUGCCGGAUGUAUCGCACCAGAACCAUAAGACGCGAAGUCAAGGUUAUAGAAAAAAUAUAAAUACGUAUACGUUAGAUUCUUCAGUACCUAAUGGGAAUCGCACGUUGUCUUACCCUGACAAAUCUCCUGUGUUAGGGAUCGCGGGUCAGGGAGCGAGCGCACCACCCGAAUAUAGUACGGAGGUUCGACAGUCACCUUCGGCUAUUAGGCAAACGCAGGCCGUGGCGUACGGUCCAGACGGGAGACCUAUAUCAGAUCAUAUCUAUUCGUCGAUCGACUCAGACUAUUCCUCGCUAGAGCACGGCAUGACGGCCGGCAGACGGCGCGAGCUGCGUCAGUGGCCGCCGCCGCCCCCCCUGGUGGACACGGGUAGCACCGUGCAAGCUUACCUAGUCUAGAGGGCCCACGCCCAACUUCCAGUCACAACUAUGUAAAUAUGUAGAUGUUUAUAUUAGCUCGCUGUAAAUAUUGUAAUUAUUAGUAUUAAGUGCU